AAGAAUCCGGCCAGAAUCGCGGCGGAGCGGACGCCGACCCUCCGACCCGGCUCGCGACCGGGAGUCCCCUCCGCGAGGCUGGCACGGCCGACCCUGCCGGGCCCCGCGCCCUCUGCGGACCCUGUCCCGGGUCGGGCCUGGCCCGGGGGCGGCCCCGGGACCGGUGGACCAGGAGGGGGAGAGACGCGGGCCGCGGACGGCGCGGACUGACAGCCGGCGAGAGGGCGCAGGGGCUGGGGGAAAGGGAGGGAGGGGGCUCAUCGGAGUAACUUUCCAGAAAAACAGCCAGCGUGUAGCAGGAGUGACUCCAAGAGGGGAAAAAAGUUCAGCUACCACGUCGAACGAAAGGACUCGCAAAGUAUUUUUCAAAUGGGCUCGGCUUUUCCUGUGCCUGUUUAAAACAUUAACAUCGUGCAGCAAAAGAGGCUGCGUGCGCUGGUCCCUCCCUCCCCCACCCCAGGCCAGAGACGUCAUGGGAGGGUGGUAUAAAAUUUCAGGAGAGAGAAAUAGAGAAAGCAGUGUGUGUGCAUGUGUGUGAGAGAGAGAGGGAGAGGAGCGAGAGGGAGAGGGAGAAAGGGAGGGAAGCAGAGAGUCAAGUCCAAGGGAAUGAGCGAGAGAGGCAGAGACAGGGGAAGAGGCGUGCGAAAGAAGGAAUAACAGCUUUCCGGAGCAGGCGUGCCGUGAACUGGCUUCUAUUUUAUUUUUCUUCUCCUUUUUAUUUUUUAAAGAGAAGCAGGGGACAGAAGCAAUGGCCGAGGCAGAAGACAAGCCGAGGUGCUGGUGACCCUGGGCGUCCGAGUGGAUGAUUGGGGCCGCUGCGCUCGCAGGCCUCCCCCUGCCUUCUAAUGCACAUAACCCCACACCCCAGCCAAUGAAGACGAGAGGCAGCGUGAACAAAGUCAUUUAGAAAGCCCCCGAGGAAGUGUAAACAAAAGAGAAAGCAUGAAUGGAGUGCCUGAGAGACAAGUGUGUCCUGUACUGCCCCCACCUUUAACUGGGCCAGCAACUGCCCGGCCCGGCCUCUCCCCACCUACUCACUGGUGAUCUGACUUUUUUUUUUUUUUUUUUAACUUUUUCCCCUUUUCUUUUCCAUUCUCUUUUCUUAUUUUCCUUUAGGGCAAGGCAAGGAUUUUGAUAUUGGGACCCAGCCAUGGUCCUUCUGCUCCUUCUUUAAAAUACCCACUUUCUCCCCAUCGCCAAGCGGCGUUUGGCAAUAUCAGAUAUCCGCUCUAUUUAUUUUUACCUAAGGAAAAACUCCAGCUCCCUUCCCACUCCCAGCUGCCUUGCCACCCCUCCCAGCCCUCUGCUUGCCCUCCACCUGGCCUGCUGGGAGUCAGAGCCUAGCAAAACCUGUUUAGACACAUGGACAAGAAUCCCAGAGCUACAAGGCACACAGUCCGCUUCUUCGUCCUCAGGGUUGCCAGCGCUUCCUGGAAGUCCUGAAGCUCUCGCAGUGCAGUGAGUUCAUGCACCUUCUUGCCAAGCCUCAGUCUUUGGGAUCUGGGGAGGCCGCCUGGUUUUCCUCCCUCCUUCUGCACGUCUGCUGGGGUCUCCUCCUCUCCAGGCCUCGCCAUCCCCCUGGCCUCUAUUCCCGGCUCACGCAUGAAGAUGCACUUGCAAAGGGCUCUGGUGGUCCUGGCCCUGCUGAACUUUGCCACGGUCAGCCUCUCUCUGUCCACUUGCACCACCUUGGACUUCGGCCACAUCAAGAAGAAGAGGGUGGAAGCCAUUAGGGGACAGAUCUUGAGCAAGCUCAGGCUCACCAGCCCCCCUGAGCCAUCGGUGAUGACCCACGUCCCCUAUCAGGUCCUGGCCCUUUACAACAGCACCCGGGAGCUGCUGGAGGAGAUGCACGGGGAGAAGGAAGAAGGCUGCACCCAGGAAAACACCGAGUCGGAAUACUAUGCCAAAGAAAUCCACAAAUUCGACAUGAUCCAGGGGAUGACGGAACACAACGAGCUGGCUGUCUGCCCCAAGGGAAUUACCUCCAAGGUUUUCCGCUUCAAUGUGUCCUCAGUGGAGAAAAAUAGAACCAACCUGUUCCGAGCAGAAUUCCGGGUCUUGCGGGUGCCCAACCCCAGCUCUAAGCGGAAUGAGCAGAGGAUCGAGCUCUUCCAGAUCCUUCGGCCAGAUGAGCACAUUGCCAAACAGCGCUAUAUCGGUGGCAAGAAUCUGCCUACACGGGGCACUGCCGAGUGGCUGUCCUUUGAUGUCACCGACACUGUGCGUGAGUGGCUGUUAAGAAGAGAGUCCAACUUAGGUCUAGAAAUCAGCAUUCACUGUCCAUGUCACACCUUUCAGCCCAAUGGAGAUAUCCUGGAAAACAUUCAUGAGGUGAUGGAAAUCAAAUUCAAAGGUGUGGACCAUGAGGAUGACCAUGGCCGUGGAGACCUGGGGCGUCUCAAGAAGCAGAAGGAUCACCACAACCCUCAUCUAAUCCUCAUGAUGAUUCCCCCACAUCGGCUCGACAGCCCGGGCCAGGGGGGUCAGAGGAAGAAGCGGGCCUUGGACACCAAUUACUGCUUCCGCAACUUGGAGGAGAACUGCUGCGUGCGCCCCCUCUACAUUGACUUCCGACAGGAUCUGGGCUGGAAAUGGGUCCAUGAACCUAAGGGCUACUACGCCAACUUCUGCUCAGGCCCUUGCCCGUACCUCCGCAGUGCAGACACAACCCACAGCACGGUGCUGGGACUGUACAACACUCUGAACCCUGAAGCAUCUGCCUCGCCUUGCUGCGUGCCCCAGGACCUGGAGCCCCUGACCAUCCUGUACUAUGUUGGAAGGACCCCCAAGGUGGAGCAGCUCUCCAACAUGGUGGUGAAGUCCUGUAAGUGUAGCUGAGACCCCACCUGCGACAGAGAGAGGGGAGAGAGAACCGCCACUGCCUGACUGCCCGCUCCUUGGGAAACACACAAGCAACAAACCUCACCGAGAGGCCUGAGCCCACAACCUUCAGCUCUGGGCAGAUGGCUGAGAUGGAGGUUUCCUUUCGGAACAUUUCUUUCUUGCUGGCUCUGAGAAUCACUGUGGUAAAGCAAGUGUGGGUUUGGUUAGAGGAAGGCUGAACUCUUCAGAACACACAGACUUUCUGUGAUGCAGACAGAGGGGAUGGGAAGAGAGGAAAGGGAUGGCAAGUCAAGAUGUUGUGUGGCAAUGGGAUUUGGGCUACCCUAAAGGGAAGAGGAAGGGCAGAGAAUGGCCCGGGUCAGGUCCAGUCUGGAAGACACUUCAGAUCUGAGGUUGGAUUUGCUCAUUGCUGUACCACAUCUGCUCUAGGGAAUCUGGAUUAUGUUAUACAAGGCAAGCAUUUUCUUUUUUAAAAAGACAGGUUACCAAGACAAAGUCUCAGAAUUGUUUCUCGUACUGUCUGGGAUUAAGGACAAGUCUAUUACUUUUGCAAAUUGUCCUCUAUAUCAAUUAGCAUCAUGGGUCAUUACAGGGAGAAAAUCCAGGUCAUGCAGUUCCUGGGCCAUCAACUAUUAUUGGGCUUUCUGGAUAUGCUGAAUGCAAAAGCAAAGGGUGGGAAUUAAACCUCUCCUGUCUGCCCUCUGGGUCCCUCCUCUCACCUCUCCCUCAAUCAUAUUUCCCCUUGGACACUUGGCUAGACGCCUUCCAGGUCAGGGUGCACAUUUCUGGACUGUGGGUCCAUGCAGCCUUGGGGCAUUAUGGGUUCUUCCCCCUUCCCCUCCAAGACCCUGUGUUCAUUCGGUGUUCCUGGAAGCAGGUGCUGCAACAUGUGAGGCAUUCGGGGAAGCCGCACGUGUGCCACACAGUGACUUGGCCCCAGACACACAGACUGAGGUAUAAAGACAAAUACGAAUAUUACUCUCAAAAUCUUUGUAUAAAUAAAUAUUUUUUGGGGAAUCUUGGCUGAUUUCAUCUUCUGGAAUAUUAUUUCUAGAACAGUAAAAGCCUUAUUCUAAAGU